AUGUCGGUCGGCCGUGCAGUAGGCAGGGGCGAUGGCGGCGGCGGUGCGGGAGGCGUUGACGGUGGUGCUGGCGAUGGUCUUCAUGGUCGGCAGAGUGUCGGUAAGAGUGCCAGCAAUUGUGUGGGAGUAAGUGAUGCUGGCAGCAGCGGUGGUGGUACGAGCGGCGGCAGUGGUGGUAUGAGCGGUGACGGUGGCAGUGGCAGGUACGUCGGUGUUUUAAUACCGCUAUAUUCAAACACGCUUGCUAAUUUCCGACGAAGUGAGCUGCUACUGCUGCUGCCGCUGCUGCUUGUGCAUGAGUUUUUCCGCCAAACUCACUGCACAUCGUGCAUGCACCACCGCUUCUGCACGAGCUCUCAGUGCGCAGACACUCCGUGA